AUGAUUCGCGUUGGCCACAUACAUACAGUCUUUCGAGCCCGGUGGGCGGUAUCAUUCCUGUUGUUCACGCUGCUGUGUGUGACCUCGGCUUGUGCAAAUCCGCCGAGCGGCUUACACGACAGACUUGGCGAACACGAUGAAGUGUCACGUCACGAUACGAGAAAUGGAAGUGACCACGAACGAGAACGGACAACCGACACGAAAAUUGCGAUUGAGAAUGCGGCAACUCCCCAACCCACGGUAAAUCACCUCUAUCACAGGCAUGGGACCGGACCGGACAUGUUAAGGGCCCGUGGUGUCACGGCGAAUAGCUCGACAACUACUAUUUCUAAUCCGGCGGCUUUAUCUUGCUACUCGACGUACUCCCAAUGGCGGGCGGAAUCGAUGAGCUGGGCGAUGACCGCUAUCGGCACUAAAACAUGGCCCACGACGAUUUCGACCAGUACCAUCACACAAACGGUUGACACAGUAGCGACGAUCUAUCCGUCUGUGAGCCUAUCGACAUACAAGCUCUGCGAUGGCUCUCCGCGUGUGGAUUUUGAGCCAUUGACUCUGACCUCACAGGUCACCUCUGUCUCUGAAUUUGACGUUCAUGUUACUGUAGGACUUCCCACCUAUUCUGCAACCAAGCCAUGCAAGCCAUCACCCGAAGAGUGUGAAUAUCUCUACUAUCACAGCGGAUUAUCCUGGGACGAUAUCACAUUGAUGGCACUCUGUGGCUCACCCACACAUCUCGGUCUGCCAUGCUUAAUUAUGGGUGGUCCUGUCCAGCUCGCCUACUUCCCGGUCACCAUAGUUGGAAGUGAUAAAUGUCAAAAUAAUGGAUCUACCAUCACGAAUACUGAAGGUCCGACAGCUGUUGAGGCGCUGGGUACCACACUUACUUCUGGUUCCGUCUACCUAUCCUUCAAGAGUCUAUACGCCUUCCAAGAAGGCUUUGGCGAAAGAAUUGGCCCUGCAUUCACCGACUUUAUCCUGCCCCUACCAUCCAGCGCCAUCUCGACGCAGUGUGGUGGAUGGUUCUCUGCUCAAGGUUCAGGAACAGCCUUGAAUUACGCAGACUUGAAUUUUCCUUGGCCAGCCAGUGCUUACAACUGUAUGAACCGGUGUCGUACUGAUCUCUCCUUCACCAUAAGUAAUGGCACGGGGGUGCGAUGGACCCCUCCCCCUCAAUGCUCUACUAUCUGGUCGGAUCUAAAUCCUAUACUGGCAAUGCCGACAGAAGUACGCAACUUGGUUCCAGCAUGGUCUACGUGUAGCAUGUGGGAUGCAGCGCUUCCCAACUUCGUCUUCGAUCCACCUCGUGCUCUAGUCGCAGGCACAACGGUCGCCACACCGACACCUGCUUGGAUGUACCAGGAUUCUACUGCUUCUGCAUCUCCAGCAGCUACUUCAUACACUGCCUUACCAGAAACCCUAGCGUCUACAUCAACAAGUCCUUCUUCUUCUACUACUACAUCUUCUGCCGGUCAAUCCGCUGAUCAAUCCAGCACAGCGUCCAGCCCAAUAGCAUCUGUUGUAGCAACGCCAACCAGAGGUAUCGGUGCCACAGGCAUUAGCAUAGAGUUCGAUGUCGACGGUCAUACGUUUACAGCAUCAGCAGGCGACAAUGCCUUUUCCAUCUCAGGCCAGACUAUCUCAGUCGGUGGACCUGCUCGCGUGGUGGGAAGCGAGACUAUCAGUUUGGCACUGUCAGGCUUUGUCGUUAACGCGACCACAACCAUACCAUUCACGUCCACACGUCCAUCGACAACCAGCAGCGGUACGGCCAUCCCAUUGCGGCAAUCGCAGACCGCUGGUAAGGGGACUACUUCGUCUGGAGGCUCCUCGCUUGCGAUGUCUUGGGCAGGAAUCUCCUUGAUGUCUUUGCUCGCUAUGGUGUUUUUGUAG